AUGAGCGGGGCACAGGAGGAACGUUUAGAAAAGAGCAAUGAUGUUGAAGCCCGGGCUGGUUCCCUGGAGAAAGAGGAGCUACCCGAUCCCUAUAUUGUGGAUUGGGAUGGACCCGAUGACCCCAACUGUCCCAUGAAGUGGCCCUGGUGGAAGAAGGUGCGACAGUUGGCAGGGAUGGGAGUGAACAGUCUUCUCACACCCUUGUCCUCAUCGAUGUUCUCCCCGGGCGAAGCAGACGUACUGGCUGAAUUUCACAGUUCGAACACCACUCUGGGCUCCUUUGUGGUAUCCAUCUUCCUGCUCGGCUAUGUGAUUGGGCCCCUGGUGAUUGCGCCGCUGUCAGAGAUCUACGGGCGCUGUCGACUCUACCACAUAUGCAACACACUCUUCCUCAUCUUCACGAUCGCCUGCGCGGUAGCGCAAACUUUGCCGCAAUUAUUCGUCUUCCGAUUCUUCGCUGGAGUCGCUGGGAGUUGUCCGAUGACUCUGGGCUCGGGAACAGUUGCGGAUCUGAUUCCCAAGGAGAAACGUGCUGGAGUGAUGGCUAUCUGGGCUAUGGGCCCCAUUCUUGGACCGGUCAUCGGUCCCAUUGCCGGCUCAUUCGUCUGCGCGAAUAUCGGCUGGCGCUGGGUCUUUUGGAUCAUCGCUAUCGCGACCGGAGUCAUGCUCAUCGGGACGCUCUUCUGCUACCGGGAGACCUACAGCGUGGUGCUCCUCGAACGCAAAGCCGACAAGCUACGCAAGGAAACCGGCAACGAGAAGUAUCGAUCCAAAUUCGACCGCGGCGUCCCUCGCAAGGAGAUUUUCCGACUGGCCGGUGUACGACCAUUCAAGCUCCUGUUCCUGUCACCCAUUGUCUUGUUAAUGGCACUUUUCGGCGCGGUGUCCUACGGAUACCUGUACCUCAUGUUCACCACCAUCACGUCGAUUUUCGAAAAAGUGUACGGCUGGCGUCAGGAGCUGUGUGGCUUAGCCUACCUGGGCUUCGGCCUGGGUGCCAUCUCUGGGCUGCAAGUCACAGGCUAUGUCGGGAACCGCAUCGCCGCAUCGCAUACGGCCCAAGGCCGCUUCGUGCCCGAAUCGCGCCUGAUUCCCUGCCUCUAUGGAUCCUGGCUUCUGCCCAUCGGUUUAUUCUGGUAUGGGUGGUCGGCGGAUAAGCAUGUCCAUUGGAUCAUGCCCAUCAUCGGCACUGGCAUCUUUGGAGCGGGCCUGAUGUGUGUCUUCCUGUGCAUCAACACGUACCUUGUCGACUCUUACCUCCUGUACGCCGCAUCCGUCACCGCCGCGAACGCGGUGUUACGUUCGCUGAUCGGUGCGCUGCUUCCCCUGGCUGGUCCAUCCAUGUACAGCGCGCUGGGUCUGGGUUGGGGCAAUUCUUUGCUGGCAUUCAUCGCGCUGCUCUUUUGCACGUUCCCGAUAUUCUACAGCCGAUACGGAGCUAGGAUUCGCACCUCCCCGAGAUUUCAACUUAACCUUUAG